UUUUUUGAAAAUGACCUUUUCAUCGGCAUGUCUGUGUUGGAAAGUUCCAAAGAAAAUAAUCGGUUGAACGUGUCUUUCGUGUCUUUUUGACCUUUCAACUGGCGGGUUGACCCAUGUCUAUUUGAAUCCGACCUUUGCUGGCCCUUACCCGUCGUCGGCACACCCAAGCACCGCAAGGAUCCCACUCUACGAUGCCCCUCCGACAAAGAUGUUCCAGCCUUGGACCAGACGAGUUUCCGGAGCCCGUAAUUGGCAUGUCCCCCGUUCCCACGCUGCAAAAAAGGGUUCGGCUAGUAUUUGGAGUCUCUCUGCGGACACUGGCGGAAGAUUGGAUAUUUGUACCAUUUGUUUGCUGCGUCGUGCUACUGUUUGUCUGGGGGAUUGACGUUGCUGUCAGCAGUAGAGUUCCCGCAAGUGUCCUAUCUAUGCUUAUCCUAUUCUUUACACUCCUCCUUUGCACAUGGAUCCCAAGCGUUCAAGUCAAGGUGGAUAGAACAAUCGUAUGGGCUGAUCCGGGCGUUGAGUGGUUGUUAAAGUGGAUGACCGUCAUGUUUUCCCCGGCCGUGGUGGUCAUGCCCCGGCAGAAAGGGCUGGGGGGGAGAGAAGUUGGGAGGGUUAUUGGGGUGUUUGCUAUCGGAUAUGUUGUGGUGCUAUUGUUGGUGAUUGGCAUGGUUAUUGCUGUGCGAAGGUGUAUGAAGUUGCUUCGUAGAGUUCCCAAGAUACCAAUACCAGACCACGAAGAAAUGGCAAUAGAGCUUGACCGCCGUCCCUCCACAACUCUCAGCGAAAAGUCGCAACAAGCCCCGCCACCCCUUCUUCCCCGGCUCCCGAUCCACCCCUCCACGUUGCUCAUCUAUAUUUCACUUUUCGUCCCGAGUUUGGCAUUGGCUUUGCUAACCGAUGUCGUUCAACCAGUUCAUUUGUGUAUUACGGUGUUGGCGUACUUUGUAGGGUUGGCUCUGCCACCCAAACUCAAGAUGGUUUUGCAUCCGUUGCUGGUUUGCGGUGGGCUUACAAUUUUGGGGGUGUGGUGUGUUGGCGGGAUGAAGGGACAGAGCUUGAAUGAUGCUAUUGGCACGUAUUCUCGCUCCAUUAAGGCUCAAAAGCUCCUCACAGCCCUCGCAUCUCAUAAACCCUUUCCAACACCUGGAGCGGGUGACGUAUUGUACAGUCUCUUGGACGCAGCUGUGGUAGCAUUGGCGAUCAGGAUGUACAAAGAGAGAGUGAUGAUGCGCCAGCAGAUUGUACCAAUCAUGACGGUGAUAUCGACUGUUUCCAUCUUUUCUCUCGUCUUCCAUGUCUGGCUAUCGAGGAGUAUAGGAAUGGACCGAGAGAAUAGCUUAGGAAUGUCUUGUCGAUUCGUAACCACGCCGUUAUCCCUCCAAAUCUUUUCCUCCGUCCUACAAGAAGCUAACGCAAGUUUGGGUGUCGUAAUGGUUAUUGUUUCGGGAAUGGUAGGGGAUGUCGUUGGUAAAUGGGCGAUGAGACGAGUUGGAGUGUCCAAAGAUGAUGUUUUGGUCGUGGGUGUUACCACUGGGGUGACAAGUCACGCCGUCGGGACGGCAUCUUUAUUAGGGACGAACCCACAAGCAGCUGCAUUAUCUUCGCUCACAUUUGUACUGUUUGGUACAGCAUCAGUCGUUUGGGUGACAAUACCUAUUAUUGCGGAGAAAAUUCGGUCUCUGGCAGGGUAACGAGAAGGCAGCCAGAUUCGUAUUUAUAUAACAUUUUAUUUACACCGGUGUAUAUUUUUCCUUUUUAAACACAUGUACAAAGCAAAAGCCCCCCAAAAAGCAGAUAGUCAUAUUUACAAUAAAAGACAACACAACGCUUAGACAAUAUACAUCUAGCGUUCGAGCGCA